AAAUCUGAAACAACAUAGGAUUCUUUCGAGAUAAAGUGUGCUGUGGUAGUUAUAAUAAUUAGUAGUUAAUUUACUAAAACACAAUUUUUGACAGUUGUAACGUGAAGUACUAAAAAAGAUUUGAAAAAAAAAAGAAAAAAUAAACAAAAAAUUAUUAGCAAGAAAAAUCCAAGCAAAUGGACGCAAGAACUCAGACUUCAACAACCUCAAGGUUGGAAUAUCUCAUGCAUAAGUAUCCAAAUUUUGAUUCCAAGAAGUUAAGAAAGGAAGCUAGAAAAAUGGCUAUUCAGGAGAUGAAACGAAUUGGGUACACAGUAAUGGUUGUGACACCAGGAAAGUUUGCGAAGAAAUAUGCUUCUUCAGCGCCUUACCAUUUAUUUUUCACGAGAGUCGAAAAUUCCAAAAAGACUCAUAAUCAACGGUUCUCCAUAACUUUCUCUGAGAUUCUUGAUCGUAGUCUUGGAAAAAUUGUUAACAGUCUUCAUUUAACUUUUGCCGUAAACGUCGGAUGGUUAUCUUUGCAGUAUCUGUUGGCUGGUCAACGUACCGACAUGACAAUUCUGUACAAACAUAGAAUAUGUCUGUGUCAAGAGGAAUUAAGUAAAAACAUUACUAUAAUAAAGGUAGAUGGGCAACACGAGUUCUCAAGUCAUCAUACGAACAUCAUGAUCCUGCAAUAUAGAAAUGGGAUUAGGGUGAUUGUCUCUACCGCUGCCUUAUAUUCUGACGAUUGGAAAAACAGGACACAAGGAUUAUGGAUCUCGCCUCAUCUGCCCAGCCUGCCAGAAUCCGCAAAUCCUGAUGAUGGGGAAUCGCCAACGGGUUUUAAAAAGGAUCUUGAGCGAUAUCUGAGUAAAUAUGAACAACCGGCUUUGACGCAGUGGAUACGUGCAGUGCAGAUGGCGGAUUUUUCUGAUGUAAAUGUGUUUCUCGUCGCUUCUGUUCCCGGAAUUCACAUAGCUGACGAAGCCAAUUUUUGGGGAUACAAGAAAUUGGCGUACAUCCUAUCACGCUAUGUCACACUGCCGCCAGAUGCACAGUGGCCUAUAGUCGCACAGAGUUCUGUUGUAGGCCGCUUUGGUUCAAAGUUCGAAAGUUGGUUAAAAGACAUAACUUGGUGUAUGUCGGAGGAGACUUUUAAAGGUCCAAAGAAUCAUCCACAAUUUCAGUUUAUUUAUCCAUCAAUAGAGAAUCAUAAACAAAGAUUUGAUUAUCAAGACUUAAUUACUCCUUUGCGGUAUAGUACAGAAAUACAUUCUAAGCAGCAGUGGCUAGAACAAUAUUUAUAUCAAUGGAAAGCUAAGCGAACAGAACGAGAUCGUGCGAUGCCUAAUAUUAAAUCCUACACAAGGAUUUCUCCCGAUUCGAAAAGAAUUUCCUGGUUUUUGCUCACCAGUGCAAAUCUGAGCAAAGCCUCAUGGGGAUUAACCAAACAAUACGAAGGUUAUAGUAUAGGAAACUACGAGGCCGGCGUCAUAUUCAUACCAAAAUUUAUCACUGGAACAAUAACAUUUCCUGUUGGUGAAGAACAAAAUGCAGCUGUUCCAGUGUUUCCGAUCCCAUACGAUCUUCCAUUAAGUCGAUAUGAAUCAGACGAUAGUCCUUUUGUCAACGAAUUUGUCAACUCUCUAAACUGAACGUUUUAAUUGAUAAUACUAAUUUUUUAUCUGCUUUAAUGAAAUAUUUUUGCAUCCGUAAUUGUAUUGUACAUUUAUUAGUUGAGGAGACGGG